AUGCCCAACAAGGCACGGCUCCGUCAAGAGUGGUCUCCCCAGUCCCCUAUAGAUGUAUUGUGGAUGUCCCGCUCUGCCAUGAGACCGGCCGAGGGCGACACAUCGGACUGCAUCCUGGUGGUUGGCAUAUCUCGACCGAAGAUGGCCGCCGCUUUUCUCACGGUCGUUCUCCUCUCUCUCUUUCUGACCUUCCACAUUCUCUACGAUAGCGCAAUCUACAGCUUGCACGCGGCCUCAGCCGUUGAGGGCCGUACCGUUGAACUGGUCUCGCAAGUCCACGCCACACCGCCAUUGCUUUUCUCCAGCAAGGUGCACUUCCCGCGCACUAGUCGGCAUUUACCUCAAGCAAUCAUUAUCGGGGUGCGGAAGUGCGGCACCAGAGCGCUACUCGAGAUGCUCUUCCUUCACCCGCAGAUCCAGAAAGCUGCUGGCGAAGUACAUUUCUUCGAUCGCGACGAUAAUUACGGGAAAGGCCUCGAGUGGUAUCGGCGGAAGAUGCCUUAUUCGUUCAGGGGCCAGAUCACCAUUGAGAAGAGUCCCAGUUAUUUCGUCACACCUGAGGUACCUGAAAGAAUUCGCGCGAUGAACGCCAGCGUAAAGCUACUGUUGAUAGUGCGGGAGCCGGUAACUAGAGCGAUAUCCGACUACACGCAACUGCGAACACACGCAGCGACCGCAUCAACGCUGACAAAUGAAACACCGCGAAGUGUGCAACAGCAACAACAGCAGGCGGGGCGGAGCUUCGAGGAGCUGGUGAUUCGACCAGACGGCAGCAUCAAUGAGUCGUACAGGCCAGUCGCAAUCUCUCUCUAUCAUACUUACAUGCAUAGGUGGCUAGAAGUGUUCUCCAGGGAGCAGAUCCUCAUAGUGAACGGGGAUCAGCUGAUCGAGGAUCCAGUACCCCAGUUACGUAGAAUCGAGAACUUCCUCGGGCUGGAGCCGCGAAUCGGCAGACAUAAUUUCUACUUCAAUCAUACGAAAGGCUUCUACUGCCUGCGUAAUGAAACUUCGGAGAAGUGUCUAAAAGAGAGCAAAGGCAGAAGACAUCCACGAGUUAACCCGGCAAUAGUCACCAAGCUUAGGAGGUUCUUUAACGAACACAACCAACGAUUCUACGAGCUUGUAGGAGAAGAUCUCGGCUGGCCUGAGGAAUAA